AUGAACACUGAGGUCAUCAAAGUGAAGAGCGAGAGCAGGGUUCAUUCAGCGGCCCAGGGCUUCUCCGUGCCUCCGGCUCAGCGGCAUCGUGCCGUCAGCAUCCCGUGGAUCCCCUCUGACUCCAGACAAGAGUCGACCGAAAUGGAGCGAGACCCGGUCGCCACGCCGACAGACGGACACGGCGGAGAGGUCACCUCGACAACCGAGCUGAAGGAAGAAGUGGACUUUCAGGAGACGAGGACGAGCGUCUCCACGGUGACGACCGUCAGGAAGGAAGUCGUCAAGGCAACCUGGACCAGGAUGGAGCACGAGGAGAAGGAGUCGGUCGGGAUGGAGAGUCUGAACGGGGGUGAGGAGGGGGAGAAGGUGGAGUACAAGAAGGACUUUGAGAGGAUGAAAGGCCAGAUACAAGGAGGAGGGGAGGAAGAGGCGUCCAUCUCGCUCUACUCCAUCCUGCCUGAAACCCUCGAGACCCAGAGGGCUCGGGAGGUCUCCCAGCUGCAGAGCCAGAUCAAGUACAAAGGGAGCGUGAAGGCAGAGAUGUCGUCUUCUCUGUACUCCCUGCUGCCGGAGACCACAGAGACCCAGUUUGCCAAGGAACUGAACGACAUUCUCAGUGAGAACAAGUACAAGGAGGAGGGGAGGAGGGAGAGCCGCACCACGCUGUACUCCACCCUGGCGGAGACGGAGGAGACGCAGCGUGCGCGCACCGUCCAGGACUUCCAGAGCGAGGUCAAGUACAAGGAGGAGGGCAAGCGGAGGGCCUCUGUGUCCCUGUACUCCACGCUGGCCGAGACCCCAGAGACACAGCACGCCAAGGAGGUGUCCCAGCUCCAGAGUGAGGUGAAUUACCAUGCUAAGGUGAUGGUGAAGGGAGCUCCGUCCUCCCUCUACUCUACGCUCCCUGACACCGCAGAGACACAGUUUGCCAGGGAGAUGACUGAGAUGCUGAGUGAGAACAAGUACAAGGAGGACGGUAAGAAGAGUCUCUCUCAGAGCAUCUACUCUCAACUCCCAGAGACCUCAGACACCCAGUUCGCCAAGACCGUCUCUGAGCUACAGAGCGAGACCCGGUACAAGGAGCGUGGGAGGAAGGAGGGCUCCUCCUCACUGUACUCGCUGCUCCCUGAGACCCUGGAAACGGCCCACGCCAAGGAGGUGACCCAGCUCCUCAGUGAGGUCAAGUACAAAGAGGAGGGCAAGAAGGAGAUGUGUGUGAACCUGUUCUCCCUGCUCCCGGAGACCAACGACACACUCCAUGCCAAGCAGGCGUCCCAACUUCAGAGUGAGGUGAAGUACAAGGAGGGGCUGAAGGAGAGGAGUCAGACCAGCCUGUACCACCAGCUCCCUGAGACCACAGAGACCCAGCUGGCCAAGCAGCUCUCUGAGCUACAGAGCGAGGCCAAGUAUAAAGAGCUGAGCAGGAAGGAGGUGGGCAGCAACCUGUACUCCCUGCUGCCCUCCACCAUGGAGACGCAGCACGCCAGAGAGAGCUCAGAGCUCCUCAGUGAGGGGAAGUACAAGGAGAGGGGUAAGAAGGAGAGGUCCUCCUCCCUCUACCACCAUGGCCGACACGCUGGAGACCAGCUUCGCCAGGGAGGUCACUGACAUGCAGAGUGAGAACAAGUACAAGGAAGACGGGAAGAAGAGUCUCUCUCAGAGUAUCUACUCUCAACUCCCAGAGACCUCAGACACCCAGUUCGCCAAGACC